AUGAAUGAGCGUAUAUCCACCUCAUCCCUACCACCACCCCCACUUAUGCAUACUUUUCCUGUUGUACUCAAACCUCACUCUCUUACUUCAGUAAAGUCGACAUGGUUCAGGCAAGGUUUCAAAGAUAUCGAAGAGGAAAUAAACAAAAAGAAGAACACCAACAUAGCCAAGAAUAUAAUUAUUUUCAUUGGAGAUGGAAUGGGCGUUUCAACGGUGACAGCUGCCAGAAUACUAGAUGGUCAGAAUAACGGUAGACCUGGAGAGGAAAAUGUUCUGUCUUUUGAAGAGUUCGACAACGUAGCUUUAUCCAAGACAUACAACGUCGACUUUAUGACACCAGACUCUGCUGGUACGGCUACAGCUAUGCUAUGCGGUGUGAAAACAAAUGUUGCAACUCUAGGACUCGAUGGACGAGCAGUAUAUUCAGACUGUGCUGCAUCGGAAAAUGCUGGACAGUUAGACUCUUUGCUUCAUUGGGCCCAGGCUGCAGGUAAACGAACCGGAAUUGUAACUACAGCUAGAGUUACACAUGCCACACCAGCCGCCGCUUAUGCUAAAACACCAAACCGAGACUGGGAGGGCGACACUGAAAUGACGAAGGACGAUGCACCAUGUAAAGAUAUUGCUAGGCAGCUCAUCGAAGACAAUCCAGAUAUAAAUGUAAUUCUAGGUGGAGGAAGAAAAUUCUUUCUCCCUGACAGCAAAGAAGAUCCAGAAACAAACAGUGUUGAUCCAGCCCAGAGACAAGAUGGAAGGGAUCUCAUAGAGGUAUCAUUAUUAGACUUACACAUAACUAACAGUAUUGAUUGUUGGAAUGACAGACAUGCACACAUAAUGACUCACAUAGUUAACAGUCUUGAUUGA